CCCUUUCAGAGACCUUCUUCUUCUGCUCAGGGUGACGAUGCGCCUCGUGCUCCGACCCUGAGCGGCUCCAGCAGACCCCUGCGCCUUUGCUUGCGGGACCCAGUGACCAUGCUGACCGAGCGUCCGACAGCAGAGAGAUCAGAGCCACCGCCCACGCUCCGGCCCGCCGUAUCAUGUCCCAGCAGCUCGGCAACGGUUCCCACGCAGGCGAGCCGCCCGAGGCCCCGCUGAGGUGGGCCGCGCUGCUCAUCGUCCUGGUCAUCGUCCCGACCAUCGGAGGAAACAUCCUGGUCAUCCUGGCCGUGUCGCUCGAGAGGAAGCUGCAGAACGCCACCAACUACUUCCUGAUGUCGCUCGCCGUCGCCGAUCUGCUGGUGGGAGUCCUGGUGAUGCCCAUCGCACUCGUCACGAUCCUUUACAACUCUAGGUGGCCCCUGCCGGAUUUCCUCUGCCCCAUCUGGCUCUUCCUAGAUGUGCUCUUUUCUACGGCGUCCAUCAUGCACCUCUGCGCCAUCUCCUUGGACCGCUACAUCGCCAUCAAGAGGCCCAUCCAACACAGCCAGUAUAAAUCCAGAGCCAAAGCGCUGGCCAAGAUCGCACUCGUUUGGCUCAUAUCGAUCGGUAUCGCGAUCCCAAUCCCAAUAAAGGGGCUGAGGAACCUUCACAACAACAUCACCUUCAACGGCAACCACACGUGCCUGCUGAAACCAGACACCUUCUCAGAGUUCAUCAUUUUCGGCUCCCUGACGGCGUUCUUCAUCCCUCUGACCAUCAUGAUGAUCAUCUACCUGCUCACCGUGCAAGUGCUGCGCAAGAAGGUCUACCUGCUGCGGUCCAAGGUGUCCCAGCGCUUCAGCUCCUCGCCCAUCUCCACGGUUUUCCAAAGCGACCCGGCCUUGGCUUCGCCUCAGGCCGAGCAAACGAACAUGCUGGACGUCCGGCUCUCCCGGCUCCAGGACAAACAGACAGCGGGGACGAUGGGCGCUCCCACGGAGAAGGAAAUAUCCUUCCGCAGGAUGUCGACGAUGGGCAAGAAGUCCAUGCAGACCCUGAGCAACGAGCAGCGCGCCUCCAAGGUGCUGGGCAUCGUCUUCCUGCUGUUUGUCGUCAUGUGGUGCCCGUUUUUCAUAACAAACAUCACCUCCGCCCUGUGCUCCGGCUGCGUGGAGACGGUCGUUUCCCGCCUGAUGGAGAUCUUCGUGUGGGUCGGUUACGUGUCGUCGGGGAUUAACCCCCUGGUCUACACGCUUUUCAAUAAGACCUUCAGGGAGGCGUUCGCGCGUUACAUCACCUGCGACUACAAGAGCUGCACCACCAGAGACAGGCAGGGCCGGCAGCUCGGCCCGAGCACCGCCGACUGGACCCUCACCAGCCUGUCGUUUAAAUCCUCCGUGGCGGAGAACUCCAAGCUGUUCAUGAAGCGGGGAAUGAGGAACGGCAUCGGACGAGUGAGCUACCAGAGUCCUCUGCGGUGCCAGCAGGCGGCCCAGCCACCAGGGGGCGUCCUGCUGAACACCAUCCUUUUGGCUGAGAACGAGGACUUCAGGCAGGAAGAGCACAGAACCAGAACCUGCCCAAAGCACAACGGGACACAAAGAUAUUUACCUUAGAAGAAAACGACUAAAUAAACUAAAUUUGAGAGGAAUAAAAACAGUCUGCCAACAACUUUUGGGCCUGUAGACUCAAGCUGCUUGAUGUUAUAUCGAUAAAUGAAGA